AUGUCGGCGCAGCAUCGUCCGUCUCCGCUCCGGUCGUCGGAUGCAACCUGGGUCACCUCGAGCAUCAUCGACAGCUCAACGCCCGUGCGAAGCUCGUCGAGUCGCGAUCUGGUGCCCGCGCCGCGCGCGAGCGAUCUCCAGAUCAUCCUGCGCACGCGCGAGCACGCCGCCUACUACGACCCGACAUCCAACGAGCUCUCGCUGCAAAAGUGGCCACUGCCCGACCCCGCAGAGCCCGCCGGAGCCCAAGCGCCCCUGGUUCGCCAUCGCUCAUCCCAGACGAAUCCGCAGACGGUCUUGCAGCGCUUCCAUCCGCCCUCGCCGCUUCCCAGUCCCCAGCUCGAUUCCGUCUGCCCAACGUGUGCACGGCCCUGGCCUCUCAACACGGCAGAACCUCGCGGUGCAGACUUCACCGCCAGCCGUGGCUUUAACGACGACGCCGAGUACGACGCCGAGUACGACCGCGAGGCGCCGUCGUACAUCGCGCCCAACUACUUUCGUCUGCUGGCGCAGGCGACCUCGACCGGCGCCAGCGGCUACACGACACGGCCCGACACGCCGAGCCUGCUGCGCAACCGCUUCGAGUCGGCGUCGGGCUCGUCGACCCCCGUCGCCGCUUCGGGCACCUCCACGCCGCCCGAGCCGCUGCAGCACGACGCCGAGGCGCAGGGCUACUAUGCACGCUUCUUUGUGGAGCUCAAGCGGCUGGGCCGCGGGGCGCGCGGAACGGUGUAUCUGUGCCAGCACGUACUCAACGGCAACAAGCUGGCAAAGUACGCCAUCAAAAAGAUCCCCGUGGGCGACCAUGCGCAAAGCCUGCUGCACAGCCUCAACGAGGUGCACCUCAUGGAAUCGCUCCACCAUCCGCACCUCAUCCACUACCAGCACGCGUGGAUCGAGCGCUGCCAGCUCACGCAGUUCGGGCCCAACGUGCCCACGCUGUUUGUGCUCAUGAUGGCUGCCAAUGGUGGCAGUCUGGCGGAUUGGAUCUCGGCGCGCGCGGGCGACGCCGCCGGUGCCGCCGAGCAGCUCGACUCGCACAGCGAUAACGGACCGCGCAGUGCCCACACCACCACCGCUGCAGAGUCACCACAGAAGACAGGGCGCACCGACGACACGGCGUCCGACCGGCGCAGGAUCGAGCGGCUCAAAGCGGCCUUACGCCAGCGCCGGGCGAAUCGCAAAAUCAGCGCCGACGACGCUACUAGCGCCGACCUUCCCACCACUUCGGCUGCAGCUGCGUCUGUCGAUGGGGCCGCCAGCGCAGGCGUGGGCGUGCACCUCCUGCGCGAGGAAGAGAUCUACAGCCUGCUUCGCGACAUGGCUUCCGGCCUCGGCUUCCUGCACGAGCGCGGUAUCUUGCACCUCGACAUCAAGCCGGGCAAUGUGCUUUUGCACUGGGACGACGACUCGCUCGUGCCGCGCGCGCUGCUGAGCGACUUUGGCUCGUCGCUGCUGCUGCACGACAACUGGACGCGCACGCGCUCCGGCCACACCGGCACCAUGGAGUACAUGGCCCCCGAAGCCGUCUUUCCCGACACCACCGGUCGGCUGGCUGAACUGAGCAGCAAGGCGGACAUGUGGUCGUUGGGGGUGGUGUUGCAUCUGCUGCUGUUUUUCCGGCUGCCCUACAAGCAUACCGAUGUGGACAGGUUGAGGGUCGAGAUGAUGGCAUACAGCGGCUUUGAUCGCGCACGGUGCGAUACGGCGGGACGACGCGAUGAUAAGCUGCUUGGACUGCUCGAGAGCUUGCUUCAGCGCGAUCCGGUGCGCCGGCCGAGCUGCAAGGAUGUCCUGCGCGUGCUCGACGAGGCGCAGCACGCAGCCAAGGCCAAGAGAGAGCGCAGACGCAGCGAUGACCAUCGUGCACGCGUCUCGCUCGCCCUGCACCGUCCAGCCGCUCUUCCCCCGCUGCCCGCCCACACGCUCGGCGAUCCACAGCAUCGCAACCGCAGAACCUGGUGGCAAAGCGUUCCGUCCGAGGCGCAGCAUAUCGGCGUGGCGUUUGCGAAAUGUCUCUCGCCCGCUUUGGUCGUACAUGCCCCAAGCCUCGGUGUGGUCGUGGCUCUCGCGACGCUCGUGCUGCUAGCGCUGGUUGAUCUGGUGGCGGCUGUAACGCACGCCCCGCAUAGGCGCACUAUCUCGCUCACCACCGCAGCCGCCCACGUCGCAAUCCUUGCGUUCUUGGCAAGGUUCCAGGGCCUCGAUCGCACCUUGUUCCUGCUCGUCUCGCCCGCACACAUGGCGAUUCUUGCAUCCAUGGCCGCCUAA